UUUUUGGAUUUUAAUAUUUUAAUUUUUUCCUUAAGGUACAACAUGAAGACUUUUGCUUUCGUCGCCCUUUUGGCCCUGGCCAGCGCCACCGCCUUGCCACAAACUUAUGAUGUGGAAUCGAGGAGGGACGUAGUGCAAGUUGUUCUUGACAUCGUCGAACGUGCAAGCCAAUGGCUACAAAAUCGUGGAUUAGACCCUUACGUUAUGGAUCGCGUUGAGGGCCAAUACUCAUUUCCUAUCGCUGGAUUAUUCACAGCUCGCGGCUCUGUGACCGACCUGUCCGUGAUUGGUGCCAGCAACAUCGUUGUCAACGACAUUGGCUUCUCUCUGAUCACACAAAAGCUGACCUUUGACGUUGGCAUUCCUGAAAUCAGCGCUUCUCUUGGUCUCGCAGAAGGACAAGUUUCAAUCUUGGGCCGUCCUCCCCGCAGUGGUCUGGCAUCGGGAAGGCUCUCGGUCAAGAACUUCCGCAUCACCGGUGACGUAGUAGUCGAUGUGUCUGGAGACAGCGUCGCCAUUAGCGACCUUGUUGUCGCUGCUCGUCUUGGCGGCAUUGAGUCCGGCAUUCACGUGAACAUCAUCGGUUACGACGUGUCUACUUACGUCAACAACUUCCUCAGCAACACUCUCCCCAACCUUCUUCAAGACAACUCUGACUACGUCAACAGGGCUAUUCGUAGGGCCAUCUUGUACGUGCUCGAUCGGAUUUUGUAAGAGGAGUCGUGAAAUGAAUAUGCAAUAA